AUGUUCCAUUCAUUUCACCAAUAUGGUAAAAAUGCACCUCUUCCAAAAUAUACAGAAAUUGGACCUGAUGGUUCCAUUCUAUGUCAAUCUAAUCAUGUUCCUGCCUAUGUGAGUACUAUUUAUUUACAACCGAAUGGCAUAGUUCAUCGAAAUCUAAUGGAUAUGAUGGAUUUAAGGACCAGUGAUUACUACAGAACAUUUGAUAUUCCCGAUAGAUUCAAUCGACCUGAUAUAUGGCAAGGUUAUAGAAAGUUUGAAUUACAUCCAUUUUAUCGUACAGAGAAUCAAGAAUAUGGCGCUCACAAACCUGAAAUUCACACGAUGCCCAAUGUCUGUCGUUUUCAGUCACAUAGUUUUACAAAUGGUAUGUCCAUUGGUGGUAAUUUUCGUCGAAGUGGUUUCAAUACAAGUACAACUAGUACGGUUUCUAAAUACAUCCCUCGCGGUACCCGUCCAAUCUAG